CGCGAAUCCAAGGAGAGCACCAGGAACCAGGCAACGGCACUGUUAAAUUUCUUGGUGAAUUGUUUGUGGCAAGAGGGAAAAAUAUUGAUUUUCUCCAUGGCUUGCAGCCCUCGCUCGGCGCCCUGCCAUGUUGAGUCUGCGCAGAACAAAGCUCAGCAGAAGAUAUUGGCGGCGGGAACACAAACGCCCUCGCCGCCGCCGCCCUCGGCCUCCCCGGGGCGCCGGCGGCCCUGCACGGCCCCGGCGAGAGGCGAAGGAGGCCCAGGGCUUACCUAGAGUAGGGUAGAAGAGCCGCGGAGGAGGAGAGAAGGAGAAGCCGAGACGCGUCGCCCAGGAGCGGGUUUGAACGGCCUCCGCGCGCCAUCUGUUGAGCGCCGCCGCCACCACGCCGCCCGCCGCCGCCCUCGCACGCCCGCGGCCCGCCCUGCACGCCCGUCGUCUCCGGAUUCUCAAUAUGCUUCAGUCAUCUUUAACUAAGAGCCUGAGGCUCUACAGCACCAAAGCAGCAAGGAACAGGCAGGCACUCGAGCGUAUAAUUCGUGUUGACCAUGCAGGAGAGUUGGGAGCAGACCGUAUUUACGCAGGCCAGAUGGCAGUAUUGGGCAAAACAAGUGUAGGACCAGUUAUCCAACAUAUGUGGGAUCAAGAGAAGGAACACAAAGCCAAAUUCGAGGAACUGAUUCCAAAAUACAGAGUGCGACCAACAGUUCUUGUACCCAUAUGGAAUGUUGCAGGCUUUGCCUUAGGUGCAGGUACUGCAUUACUGGGCAAAGAAGCAGCAAUGGCAUGCACUGUGGCGGUAGAAUCAGUAAUUACCGACCAUUAUAACUCUCAGCUUCGUGAAUUGAUCCACAACGGUGAAGAGGAACACAAAGAACUGAUUGAAGUUAUUAAAAAAUUCAGAGAUGAUGAAAUGGAUCAUCAUGAUACUGGCUUAGCCCAUGAUGCAGAGUUAGCACCAGCAUAUAAAACAAUGAGUAACGUCAUAAAGAUGGGCUGCAAAGCGGCCGUGUGGAUAUCUGAGAGAAUUUAAUCUUCUUGUUAAAUAUCUGUAAAUAAAAGAUGUAAAAUACAUAUAUUUCUUAUCUAAUAAAAAAUAAGUGAUGUUCUAAUUAAAA